AAGCAAUAAAUUAUUGAAAGUUAUCAUUUGUAAGAACUCGCCCUUGUUACAAUAAAGCUUUAAAAAUGUCGCGAAUAUUUUUCUGCGCAUGUCUUAAAUUGUUCUGAAGAAAACAGUAUAUAUAAGUACGAAAGCAUAUGCGAUUCAUUCAUAAAAUACUUAUACAGUUUUCUAACCGUGUUAAAGUAACGACAAAACUUUACAAAAUUGAAGUAAAGUAGAUUAUUGUGUCAGGUUUUUUGAAUUAAUAUUCCAAAACAACACCCAAAGUUAUUCACUUUUACGCAUUGGUGAUAGUUAGAUUGGUGACCAAAAAGAGCUGGAUUUAAAGCGGGAUGAGACCUCCUAUUGACUCGUGGAGUUACUAUAAAACAUGGCCUCCAAAGUUCAUCUUUCCUAAAAUGCGUAAUUGCAUAAUUGGAAAAUACCAAAAAUGCCGGAAAAAAGAAAACCACGUGUUUCAAUACAUAUCAAUCCGAUGCAAGUAAAGACGAUAACUUUGUUGGUGGUCACUCCGGAAGUCUAAUAUAACAACACGAAAAUGCAUUGCAGCCGCCUCUUGAUAAAGUAUAUACAACUUGAUGUAUUGGUCUUACUGGCAACCAUUAGGAUUGGAGAUGCAAAUUUUCUUGGGACCCGCAAUCGGGAAAGAAAUUUAAAUAAUAACAAUGGAGUAAAAACUGAAGACUCAUCACAUAUCGUAAAUUCCGGUGGUGUAAGAACAGUUGGGGAAGUGUUUGUACCAAAAACAUUUUCACUCAACUCACAGGAGCCAACAUGCGAACAGCUUCGCGCCAUGUGGAUAUUUUCCAAAAGGCAAUCCCGAGCUGCAGAAAUCACUAAUGAAAUACCAACAUAUCGAGAUCCCUUUACUUAUAAUGUUUGGGAGCCUCUUUUUUUGAACUCACGAAUGCUGGGAUCACUAAGGAUGAGCGCAAAGGAAAGAGCCAGAUCUCCAGUUUUUGGCCGAGUUGUUAACCGAGAGCCAAAUACGCCUCAACGUAUUCCAUUUGAACACCAUCAGAAAUUGGUUGAAUUCGGAUCAAGUGGUCCCGGUGCAAGUCAACCCCGUUAUUAUGGUGCUGAAACGCGUCCACAAACCGGGGCUUCUUCUUCAUCACGUAGGUCAAGUAAAAAUCGAUACAUGGGAGUCCCAAAUGGCACUAGAACUAAUGCAAAAGAAAGCCAAAAUGCAGUUGCCAUACAAGGCAGUUUUCAAAAGCUCAAAGAACUUAUAUGGACUGAGAGAGCUAAGGAGUUAACAGAGCAACGUAGAGACGAGGAGUUGGAAGCUCGUGCGGCGGCACUUAAAGAAAUUGCUAACGGAAGAAACAUACUCGGUUAUAAUCCUCAGGCCGGCAGCUCAACUGAUUCUUUAUUAAUGGAUGAAAAUCGAAGCCCUGACGGAAAUAGUUACCAGUACAGUGACUUAAAUCAUAUGUCAAUUUUUAAUGAUCAAAACAUUGAAAGCGAUAAAACUAAUAAAAAUGGACAUAGGACUGGUAGCAAAGCAAGCACACGACGCAUCGGCAGUUCUGCUUCUUACAAUAAAAAAGAAAGUCAAGCAAAUAAAGAAGUAAAAAGCUUAUUUCCUGGAUCUAAAGGCAUUGGUCCAGGGAAUAGAUCAGGACGCAUUAAAAUUCCCGCAACUGAGCUAUAUUCAAGCGAUUCCACCGAAAGGGAUCUUUCCGUUAUUGGUAUUCCAAGACAUACCCAAUACGAAAAUCGCAUUUUAGAGAGCGAAAUCGAUCCCUUCUAA